UAUAGAAUUGUGGAUUAAGCUGUUGAUAUAGCUCAAUUAAACUGAUAAUCCUGCACUCUUGUUUCCUGUUGAUCAGCCAUCGUGAAGUAUAAGAGGGUAGACAUUCAACAAUCAACACCCUUCAACCGCACCAUUUUUGACACCUUUUCUAGAACUAGAACCAUGCUAGCUAAUCGCUCUUGAAUACCCAGUUUUCUUCUUCUUCAACAUGGACUGGUUUCUGGUUCUUCUCCUCCUCCAAAUGGCUUCAGCGGAAGGUGCUUUUGGUGUUGGUAUAGGCACAAGGAGUGGUGGCGGUGGCGGUGGCGGUGGUGGUGGCGGUGGUGGUGGAGCUGUUUGGGUUGGUGGAGGAAUCAACCCUCGCAUCCCACCAUAUGGAUAUGGGUCCUCAAAUUCAAGGCUAAGAGAUGCUUACACAGCACUUCAAGCCUGGAAAUCUGCAAUAACAGAUGACCCAUCAGGCAUACUAAACAGUUGGGUGGGCACCAAUGUGUGUUCUUAUAAAGGGGUAUUUUGUGUAGAUUCUCAAGAAGAAAUACCCGGACCAUCAGACCUUGUUAUUGCAGGAAUAGAUCUCAACCAUGCCAACCUCCAAGGCACUCUAGUCAAGGAAAUCUCACUCCUCUCAGACCUCUCCCUCCUUCACCUCAACAGUAACAGAUUCACAGGCACAGUUCCUGAUUCCUUUGCGAAUCUUUUAUCUCUCACAGAGCUGGACCUCAGUAACAACAACUUCUCUGGCCGCUUCCCGACAGUUACUCUUCUCAUUCCAAACCUCAUUUACUUGGACCUGAGAUUUAACCUUUUCUCAGGACCCAUACCGGAAGAGCUUUUCAGCAAGAGAUUGGAUGCUAUCUUUCUCAACAACAACCGGUUUGAGGGCCAGAUUCCUCAAAAUUUAGGAAAUUCGCCAGCUUCUGUGAUAAACUUAGCAAAUAACAACUUGAGCGGAAGAAUUCCGCCCAGUUUUGGCUACAUGGGUCCUUCAUUAAAGGAAGUGUUGUUCCUAAAUAACGAGUUAACAGGUUGCGUCCCCGAGGGUGUUGGAUUUUUGACACAAAUGGAAGUCAUGGACGUGAGCUUCAAUUCACUGACGGGUCAUUUGCCUGAUUCAUUAUCUUGCUUGAAUGAAAUUGAGGUUCUCAAUCUUGCUCAUAACAAGCUAUCUGGGACACUUCCCGACCUGGUUUGUUCUCUGAGAAGCCUUCUUAAUCUCUCUGUUUCGUACAAUUUCUUUUCUGGAUUUAGCCAGGAAUGCAACAAAUUGGUUUUCAGGAAUGUGGGGUUUAGCUUUUCAGAAAACUGCAUUCCAGGUAGGAAUAUGCAGAGGCCUCAACCAGAGUGUUCUGUGAUACCUGGAGGUGGGUUGAAUUGUCUGAGGAUCCCUUCAGCAACACCAUUGAUCUGUGGUUCAAUGUAGGUCCUUCGUCUCACAAGUUGAAUACUCCAAUUUCCUAUCCAUGAGAUGAAAGAAAAAGAAUCAUUGAUCCUCUGUGUAACAGAGUCCUUGUGUCAUCUGUCUCAUUUUGUGAGGAAAAUAGACUGAGUUCCUGCAUUUAGUUUCUUUCAAGAA